AUGGCUGAGGCUAUCAGUUUAGGUGCUUCCAUUAUUGCAUUCAUCGGCCUAGCAGGCCAGAUCGCACAAGGCUGCAGCUAUGUACGGACACUAAUCGACGAUAUUGACGAUGCUCCCGAUGAUAUGCGGGGAUUGCAAAGAGAGAUAAGAUUAUACGAGGGAACCAAUGAGACUUUUCGAGAAGCACUUUCAAAUCUCGAAGAAUCUGGCAUACCCACGCAACAAAGCUCUUAUGUUCAACUUGCUCUCAAGUUUGGUAACGAAACACUGUCGAACCUGACCGAAUUCAUCGAGAGGAAGACAAAAAGCGGACGCAGAUUGGGUCAAGUUAGAUUUGCAUUUGGUAAAGGGAAGUGUGCCAAGCAUGCUGAACAGAUUGAACGAGCGAAAGAAUUCUUAUCAAUGGCCCAGGCUGGUAUUAUUCUGUAAGUUUAUAUAUAAAGGGUAUCUGUAAUGGCAACUGAUGUUCUCGUUUAGAGCCCUUGAACAUGAGCAUACACUCAGCAACAGAGCUGCCAACCGAGUGCUUGAAACUUUGACAUCACAAAACGAAAUCAACUCAGAUACCAUUGAAAGAAUACCUUCGUACCUCGACAGAAUUGCUCUAGAUACGAGAAACCUUUACAGUACUGUUGACUCUAUCAAAAAUGAAGUCUCUGGUCAACGACACGAUUUGCACACGGCUAUCGACAACAUUCUCAUCCCCCUACUUACCCAGAGACUCAACGCCUUUACAAGUAUGUUCUCUGAAUCGUUCCGUGCGAUCGAGGAAGUCCGGUAUACAACACGACAAACAAGAGAAGCGGUGGAGAACCUGACAUGUACUUCAGAUAUACUGCGUGGCCUAUCAGGUGAAAUGUCGCAAAUAGUUCAGAUCACAUUUCGGAGUGUUCUCACUGAAUUUUAUUUGGAUAUCGAUGCGGAGACUUCAUUAGUGACUUUGCAAAGGACAACCCCCAAAUCGUAA